AUGUCGUUCCCGAAGCGAGCAUUUAUCCACCAGGCCGGUCUACUGCUGGCGGUACUGGUUGUCGUAUUUAGUGGAGCCGUGGCCACCGAAAGUGGAAAGAAAUCUUACACUGGCUACAAACUGUUCUCCGUGCGACAGAAUGACCAGCACCAGAUGGACUUCCUGCGACAGCUGCAGCAAGCCGUCGAGGAUCUUGACUUCUGGAAGCUUGAUCGUGUGCCCGGCUCGGAGGCACACGUCCUGGUACCGCCGGAGCAGGUCCACACGUUCCAAACCCUUUUGGCAGCAGAACGAAUUCCCCAUAGAGAGAUUAUCGCCGAUUACUCAAGGACUACGGAUGACUUCGUGUUUGCCUCGGUGCGGUCCGUGCCACGCAAGAGCCCAAUCCUGACGAAGUACCUCCGUUACCAGGAAAUGGUCGACUACCUGCACAAACUCGCCGUGCGUCACUCGAACCUUGUGACCGUUUCGUCGAUCGGCAAGUCGUCCGAGGGCCGGGACAUCCCUGCCGUAACCAUUCGCUCGCCCACCUUCCGGGCACGUCCGAACGCCUCCCAGCCGGUCGUGUUUGUUGACGCAGGAAUUCAUGCCCGCGAGUGGGCAGCCCCAGCGACGGCCAUGUACUUGAUCAGCGAGCUGGUGGAGAAUGCGGCACAGCAUGCGGAUCUGCUCGAGGGACUAUCGUGGACCAUCGUGCCCAUCGUCAACCCGGACGGGUACGAGUACAGUCACGAGCAGCAGCGUCUGUGGCGCAAGACCCGCCGGCAGGCCGGAUCUAGCUGCUACGGUAUCGACGGGAACCGCAACUUCGAUUUCCACUGGGCCGAAGUGGGUGCCUCCAAUAUGCCGUGUGCCGAUACGUACCACGGGGAGCACUCGUUCUCCGAGCCGGAAACACGCGCCAUCCGGGACGAACUGUUGCGGCUGAAGGGACGCUGUAAGUUCUACCUGACACUGCAUUCGUACGGCGAGUACCUACUCUACCCGUGGGGAUGGACGUCCGAUCUGCCGGAGAGCUGGGAAAAGAUCGACGAGGUGGCACAGGCCGGUGCAUCGGCAAUCCGUCAAGAGACCGGCACAAGGUACACCGUGGGCAGCUCGACCAAUGUGUUGUACGCGGCCGCCGGAGGCAGCGACGAUUGGGCAUUCGCGGUCGCCGAGGUACCAAUCUCGAUCACGAUGGAACUGCCUGGUGGAGGAUCGGCCGGAUUCAACCCACCACCGUCGCGAAUCGAAGAAAUAGUGAAGGAGUCCUUCGUUGGCAUCCGAGCGAUGGCGCUGGAGGUCGCCAAAAACUAUUCCUAGCAAAGCCAUCUCAACGCAUAGGGUUUUAAUACUUGUAGGCAUAGUUGGAACUAGCUUAGUUGGUUACUUUAAAAACUUGUUCUACUAAAUAAAGGUGGG